GCCAAGAUAAGAAGUAUUGCCAUCUCCAGAUUUCCCCUUUUUGUGUUGUUAUUCGGCAAAAGGCGACCCGAGCAGGAAUGCCCAUAUAUACCCUACCUAGUUAUACACUUGGUGUCAGAAAUCUGCAAGAUCACCCUUCUUACCCUCGAAAAAGGCCCCGAAGAACAUGGAGUUCCCUAUAAUCAGCGUGGCAAACAUCCAUUCGGAUUUCGACACCGUCAGUAAACAGCUUUUCGAUGCCGCUUGCAAGUGGGGAUUUUUCAUCAUCACCGACCAUGGCAUCACCAAGGCAGACGAGGUGUCGGAGCUGUCGCGUGCAUUUUUCGACUUGCCCAUGGAUGUCAAGACUGAGAAGAUGGUGGACAACUCCGCCAUUGGGUACGAUGGCGGCAAGAAACUCACUUCAUUCGCAGCUUCAGAGGCCAUUCUUUUUGGAACCCCGGCGGGCGGGGUCCUCGGCUCGAACAAUCUCGGCGCUUGGUGGGAUGAGAGCAAACGGCAAACCGUCGAGGCGUUCAAGGCCGAGUGCUACGACCUGACCAUCACCAUGAUGUCGGGCUUUGCCGUGUGCAUGGGCCUAGACCGGGACUACUUCACGCGGAUCCACGGGCACCAGGCGCCGGGUCACACGCUCCGAUCGAUCAAGUAUCCCAAGUUCGACAGCCGCCCCCAGGAGGGCCAACUUCCUCGCCUCUCGUCGCACACGGACUGGGGCAGUCUGACGUUUGUCUUCACCAAACAAGCCGGGCUCGAGAUCCAAGAUCCCCAAGAUCGGUGGUUCCACGUUCCUGUCGUCCCAGAGGGCAUCGUGGUCAAUAUUGGCGACGCGUUGUCCUUGUGGACGGGACGAACCCUGAAAUCUACCCUGCAUAGGAUCACUUGGGAGAAUCUUCCCCCAGACCAAGAUCGGUACAGCAUGGCGUACUUCUCCCAGCCGAAUAACAGCGCGCAACUCAACUCCCUCAGUAAAUCGGGAGAAAUCGUACCGAUCCCCCUUACGUACGGCGAUUACUACAAAGUCCGCUACCACUUGACCUACGGGGCGCACACCGACAGCAAAACGGGCGAAAAGAUCCUCGAGGACAUUGACCCGGCCAUGGCCCAGGCUGUCCAUGACUUGGGUGUCGCAGACGCCGGUAGUCUGAGGUCAAAUACCCUAGUGGCUGUAUGAGAAUGACCAAGCCCUGGACUAUGUAUAUGCCCGUCACUUGCCAAAAAUCUGUUCGAGGGUGCUGCCCUGUACCGUGUUCUCUGAGGUAAUGCUGUAUGAUAUAGUAAAGGCGAUAGUUAGGGGUAAAUCAAGGCGGCUGUCGAAUCUAGUAUUUCCUUUCC